UCCUUUGAGGCUCUAAAACAAGUAUAUAAACCACACUAACCUUCACAAACCAAAUCACCAUUCUCCCUCUCCCCCCAUUCAUUUGCUGCUCUGCUUCUUUUAUUAUUAUUAUUGCUUACAUAUAUCCUUCUUCUCUUCCUAAGUUUUUCUUAAGAGACGGAAAUGGGUAGUAGGCCAGGAGAUUGGAAUUGCAGGUCAUGCCAACACUUGAACUUUAGCCGAAGAGAUUCAUGUCAACGUUGUGGCGAUUCUCGGUCUGGUGAAAGAGUGGACUUCGGAAGUUUUGGUGGGAGAGGAAGCAGCUCUUCCUUUGGAUUUAGUGGGUCAGAUGUUCGACCUGGUGAUUGGUACUGUGCAGCUGGGAAUUGUGGUGCCCACAACUUUGCAAGUCGUUCAAGUUGCUUCAAGUGUGGCGCUUUCAAGGAUGAGUCAGCUGGUGGGUUCGAUGCUGACAUGUCACGUUUAAGAGCAGGAGGAGGCUUUGGCAGUGGAGGUGGAGGUGGUCGUGCUGGAUGGAAAUCUGGUGAUUGGAUUUGCACCAGGUCUGGCUGCAACGAGCACAACUUCGCAAGCAGGAUGGAAUGCUUUAGAUGCAAUGCGCCGAGGGAAUAUGGUAGCAAAUCCUCAUAUGCAGCAUAGGAUUUCAAGAUUUGAGUAUGAACAUGUGCUGCUGUCUAAAAAGAAGAAGACAAGAGAGAGCCAUCAUCUUAUAUAAAAUCUCAAAUCCGUGUUACCCUUUUUUGUCACCCUAAUUUCCUUUGUCUUUCUCUCUGCUUCUAUUUUGGUUUCUAGAGGUUCUCCAACCGAACCAAUGUUGAAGACUAUGUCCCACGUAGGGCUGUUUUCUUCAGCACUUUGUUAGCUUUCUCAUAACAAGCAGUAUAACAAUGUAGUUUUGUUGUUUUAAUUAUUAGAUUCUACAGUUUUUUUCGUAUGUGUUUGAGAGGGGUUUUCUAGGUUUCAGUUCUAAGGUGCAUUGUGUUCCUACAUUAUGUAAACCCUUCUCCUUCUACUGGAGACAUGAUAUAAUUUAGCAUAACAGUUUCAAAAGUCCAUCCUCCA